AUGACCUCCAGCACUGGGCAUUUUCCCAAUAAUGAAACCGACGCCACGCACAAUCACCUCACCGGGGUCUCAUUGAUCCAGGACAGCACAACUCUUCAUUCAUCCAUUUGGCCAUACUCCUUGAUUGUUAUAGUUUACCAAUUGCUUUUGUCAAACGCGCAACAGACCAUACCGGUUAUCUCCACAGCACAAGGCCGAAUCCGUGGCAUUCUGACCCCCCUGCCCUCUGACCUUUUGGGGCCGGUGGUGCAGUACCUGGGAGUACCUUACGCAAGACCCCCCAUCGGAGAGCGACGUUUCCAACCCCCCGAGCCUGCUUUACCGUGGCCGGGGAUACGUAACGCGACCCAGUUUGCUCCGGUGUGCCCGCAGUCGUUGGAUGAGAGGAACAUGCUAACGGACAUGAUGCCCUCGUGGCUAACGGCUAACCUGAACAUAGCAGACACGUACCUGACGCAGCAGAGCGAGGACUGCCUCUACCUCAACAUCUACGUGCCCACGGAGGAAGACAUCCACGAGGAGGGGGGUCAGCGGCCGGUCAUGGUGUACGUGCACGGGGCGUCCUACACGGAUGGCACGGGAAACAUGAUGGAUGGCAGUGUAUUAGCCAGCUACGGCAACGUCAUCGUCAUCACGCUCAACUACAGGCUCGGGGUGCUAGGGUUCCUGAGCACCGGGGACCAAGCGGCCAAAGGGAACUAUGGCCUGUUGGACCAGAUCCAGGCCCUGCGCUGGGUCAAAGAGAACAUUGCAGCCUUCGGAGGAGACCCAAACCGGGUGACUGUGUUUGGGUCAGGGGCUGGAGCGUCUUGUGUCAGCCUGCUCACACUGUCACACUACUCUGAGGACCUGUUCCAGCGUGCCAUCAUCCAGAGCGGUAGUGCGCUGGCCAGCUGGGCGGUCAACUACCAGCCGUACAAGUACACCCGUCAGCUGGGCGAGAAGGUGGGCUGCGUGCUGGAGGACAGCUCGGCCCUGGUGGAGUGCCUGAGGGGCCGGAGCUACCGCGAGCUGGUGGAGCAGAACAUCGUCCCGGCCAAGUACCACACGGCCUUCGCCCCUGUCAUAGAUGGAGACGUGAUCCCGGAUGACCCCCAGAUCCUCAUGGAGCAGGGGGAGUUCCUCAACUACGACGUGAUGCUGGGGGUCAACCAGGGAGAGGGGGUGAAGUUCGUGGAGGGCAUUGUGGACUCGGAGGACGGGGUUUCGGCGGAGGACUUUGACUUCAGCGUGUCGGACUUUGUGGACAGUCUGUACGGGUAUCCAGAGGGCAGAGACACGCUCAGGGAGAGCAUCAGGUUCAUGUACACGGACUGGGCAGACAGAGACAACACAGAGACCCGCAGGAAAACCCUGGUGGCGCUGUUCACAGAUCACCAGUGGGUGGCACCAGCAGUGGCCACAGCCGACCUGCACGCCCAGUACGGCUCGCCCACGUACUUCUACUCCUUCUACCACCACUGCCAGAGUGACGCUACUCCCCCCUGGGCCGACUCAGCUCACGGAGACGAGGUGCCGUACGUGUUUGGCGUGCCCAUGGUCGGACCCACUGACCUGUUCAACUGUAACUUCUCCAAGAACGACGUGAUGCUGAGCGCCGUGGUCAUGACCUACUGGACCAACUUCGCCAAGACCGGGGAUCCAAACCAGCCCGUUCCCCAGGACACUAAGUUCAUCCACACCAAACCCAACCGAUUUGAGGAGGUGGCCUGGUCCAAGUACACACCCAAGGAGCAGCUGUACCUGCACAUUGGCCUGAAGCCUCGUGUGAGGGACCACUACAGGGCCACCAAGAUCUCCUUCUGGCUUCAGCUCGUCCCACACCUCCACCACGUCAACGAACUGCUACAGUCUGUCUCCUCCUUCACCCACAGCCCCUCCCUCCCGGACGAGACCCCCUAUUCCUACACCCGCCGCCUGUCCAAGGUGUGGCCCCCGAGCAGCACCAAGCACCCAGGGGUCCCUCCUGGCACCCCGCAGCCCCCUGAGUCUGCGCUGGGACAGGGGGGAGGAGAGGAGGGAGUGCGGAGCCCCCCGCCCGAGGACUACUCCACUGAGCUCUCCGUCACUAUUGCCGUAGGGGCAUCUCUGCUGUUUCUCAACAUACUGGCGUUCGCUGCACUGCUCUACAAGAAAGACAAGAGACGACUGGAGCACCGCAGGCCCCGCCCACUUCCACCACCACGCCGUGACAUCACAGCGGCGGAUGUGGCCGCGCACCUGCAGGGGGAGGGGCUAAUGUCGCUACAGGUGAAGCAGCUGGACUGUGACACAGCCUCAGCAGAUGAGCGCAAUAACGCCCUGCAUCACCACACGCUCGACACGCUGGACGCCCUGGAUGGUUUAGACACCCAGGACAUCUACAGCACCCUGGACACGGUGCGCCUGACCUGCCCGCCCGACUACACCCUGACGCUACGCCGGUCCCCGGACGACGUGCCCCUCAUGACCUCCCUGAACCCCGGAUCUCUGCCCGUCACUCCAGGCUCCCACCCGGUUACCCCGGCCACACCCAUGACGCCCAUGACCCCGGCGUCUGUGGUGGGCAUGAGGCACCCCCCUCACCAAGGCUACUCCCACCACAGCCCCUACAGCAACACGCACCUGCCGCACACGCACAUCUCCACGCACACACACUCCACCACACGCGUAUAA